AGGCCUCGGCCCUCGGAAGAGUUAAUAGUCGUGGAACGGUGUAACCAAUAGCCGGCGGCAUUGGCUCAACUCCGUCCGAAACCGAGUUUUUUUUUUUUUGAAUUGGUUUCUAGAUAGGACGAACCCGCGAAGUUACCAACCUAAUUUAAGCCAACCGGAAAAUCCGAUCAGCAUCGGUCGGGGUUUGUCUAUUUUCCAUGAGAAAUUUCUUUUUUUGCGGUGGCAGAAGUUCAGCAUUGUCACCGGGUAUCGUGAAAUCAGCCAGAUUUCAGGGGACAUUUAGGGACAGAGCUUCGUUUGGGCGGCAGCGCUCACGUCUCCCAUCUCGAAGCGCUGGUAAGCCAUUGGAAGACUAGCAUUGUUUCUGUUUCAGAGCUUCAAGCUGGGCAGCGAAAUUUUCUUUAAUCUUUUUAGCAUCAGAAUACUGAAUUCUUGGAUAACCGUUCAGUAGGGUUCUGUUGUUCGUUUUUCAUUGAGGAGGUCAAUUAUCUUCUCCAAUAUAAGAUCCAUGGAAUCGUACGAUUUUAGCAGUGUUUUCAAAGUUCAGUGCUAAAGGCAGACAUCCCUUUUGAAGAUCUCACCAUGACUUCCCAAUCUCACAUAAAAGAAAAUGGGCAAAUUAACCACUCAACUGUAGCUCGUAACAGGAAUGCCAUUGAACCAUUGGUCAAUGUCAAUUUUGAGGAUGAAGCCAAGCAAAGAGCAGAUUUGGUGGAGUGGUUAAAUGGUAUGCUUCCUGAUUUAAGGUUACCAUUGGAAGCUUCGGAAGAGGAAAUCAGAGCGUCCUUAAGAGAUGGAGCUGUUUUAUGUAGUGUUUUAGACAGGCUUAGACCUGGUUCUGUAAUUGAGUGGGGUGGUUCUGAUCAUUCUUCUGAGCCUCGUGUGGAGAAUGUCAAAAGGUUUCUGGCAACCAUGGAUCAAAUGAGGUUGCCCAGGUUCAGCCUCUUGGAUCUUGAGCAGGGGUCUAUGGUGACAGUUGUAGACUGCUUAUUGACUCUUAAAGAGCAUUUUAAUUCUAAUCCUGGGGGAAACGGUGUUCAUAUUACAAGCUCAAUGGGUAAAUGUGGGAACCAGUCAAGGAAAGGAUGGAAACUGUUGGAAGCAGAAAUUUCGGAGGGAAUUAAUGGUUCUGUUGGGGAGGUAUCUCCAGGUGGACAGGAUGCUGCAGUAACUGGAGAAGAGAAGCGAAAGAAUUGGACUGACUCAAAAUUUCAGCGUGCUUUGCGCAGUCCUGUCAUGUCAGAGCCAUCAGCUGCAUUGAUACAUCAUGUUGGACAUAAGUUCCAUGAGGUUUUUCAACUAAAACAAGGACGUUAUGCUGAUAUUCCUGCUGCUAAGAUAUCGGAAAUGAUGAAAUCUAACAGUUUCGAUAAUGCUCCAACUCAAUCACUUCUGAGUGUUGUAAAUGGGAUUCUAGAUGAAAGCAUUGAAAGGAAGAAUGGGGAAAUACCUCAUCGUGUGGCGUGUCUGUUGAGAAAAGUCGUACAAGAGAUUGAGCGACGCAUUUCAACUCAAGCGGAGCACUUAAGAACUCAAAAUAAUCUGUACAAGGCUCGUGAAGAAAAAUAUCAAUCAAGACUUAGAGUACUUGAGACUCUUGCAACUGGGACUAGUGAGGAGACCCAGGUUGCGAUGAACAAGUUCCAGCAGAUAAAGGUGGAGAAGACCAAAGUGGCGGAGAAGAAGAAACUUGAGGAGCAGGAUAUGGUUAGACUGAUGAAAGAGAAGGACCAUAUUGAUAUUGAAAUCUCAACACUUAAGCAAGACCUGGAAUUAUCAAUACAGAAAUAUGAACAACGUUGCCUGCAAUUGGAAACACAAGCCAAGGGAACCAAAGUUGGGUUAGAGGAGAGACUAAAGGAACUUGAGGGUCUCUUAGAAGGUUCAAGGAAGAAAUUUGAAGAACUUGAGUCACUUUCUGAAUUGAAAUCUCAGAGCUGGAUUGCAAAAGAACACAGCUACCAGACUUCUGUAGAUUUUCAGUUUAAAUCUUUGCAGGAGUUGAGGAUCACUUCUCAGUCAAUCAAGAAAGUGGUGCAAAAUACACAAAGAAUCUAUUCAGAAGAAUUCAGUCAAUUGGGGGUAAAGCUUAAAGGGCUAGCGGAGGUGGCAGAAAACUAUCAUAUUGUUCUUGCAGAAAAUCGAAAGCUGUAUAAUGAGGUUCAAGACUUAAAAGGCAACAUUAGAGUCUAUUGCCGGAUAAGGCCAUUUCUUCCUGGACAAAAAGGAAAACAAACUACCAUAGAUUUUAUUGGUGAGAAUGGUGAGUUGAUCAUUGUAAAUCCCCUCAAACAAGGAAAAGACAGUCGACGCCUGUUCAAGUUUAACAAGGUCUUUGGUCCAACAGCCACUCAAGGUUUUCAUCUUUUAACCAGCAAAUUUUAGGGAAUAUUUCGUUUAAUUUUCCAUUAAAUAUCUAAAGUUUCAUGUUAUAUCUGUAGCAAGAAACUUGUACCCUUUGUGCAUAUGUAUUUAUACUGAUGAUAUAGAACUAUUUAAAGUUUUCAUGCAAGAUGAACACCGAAUUAUUAUUUGGAAAUAUGGCAAUAUUGAGUAAAUUAGCACUAUUCCUUAAAUUUAAGAAUAAAGAGUUUUUUAAACAUAACAUGUUAAACUUUUGGCACUUUAAAGGUCGAUUUUUUUUCACCUUUACAUUCACGAGGGUGCGAAACGUGCUGAUUGGAUUAGGUUUAGAACCAAAACAGGCUGAACUCAAAGAUAUACUUACUAGUCCAAACUCAAAUCUAAUGGGCUGACUUGGGCUAGCUUGGUUUACUUUGGCUGGGGAAUGUGUCACAUAUUUAGACUUGUAAAAUGUCUAUAACUAGACAUUGUAAAUCUUUAGUGUUGGCAUUGGUCUUCCUUAUGCGGAAAACACCCUAAUGCAGUUUCAGGGUAACGUUAGGGCCUGUUUUGGUCGUUCUUGGUUAUAGGAUAUCGUUCUUAAGUAUUUUUAUUUGUAAUGGGCUCAAUUAUAAAGCCUAGGUUUUAGGUCCACAGGGAGGUAUAAGGGAUUGGUAGUUAAGUGUUUGAGUUAGAUUAGAAUACCUAAUAGCUAGAUAGAGUUAUGUUUUGAAUUUAUUUUCCUUAUUGAGUGUUCGAGUGUGAUUAGGAGUACUUUUAAGAGUCAAUUUAGAAUUUUUAUAAUUUCU